CUUUGGUCUGUCUUUGAUCAAGAUGAUCAACAUCCCUCUAGCAUUCAUCAAUCAUUCCCGAGCUGCUUCGUGCACAUGGCGUGAUCUCCCCACCGACUUGCGUGUCGGCUGUCGGCUGUCCAUGACAUAAUACGCAAAUCCGGAGAUCAACAUCUCCCAAAACAGCUGUCUCUGCCAAAUUUGGCCGUCUCGAAACGACCAUCCUUGCAUUCCUUAGGGCUAUUGCCUGAUUCUACCUACAAGUCUUGUCCUUUCUUUCUUUCUCCGCGAUAAUGCCCGACCAUGUAACUCAACACUCUAUUUCAACAGCCCCUGCCCAGGUUACACAUUCGCCUUAUGCUUCUCCAGAGUCAAUCGUGUCGUCUUGGCGGGCCCGAAUAUCAAAUUGGUGGAACCAUAAUUCAGAUUCGAUUGCUUCGUACUCGGAACUUCCCCAACAGCCCGAGAUUCUCAAUCAUCAAUUGAAUUCGGAGAGUGACGACUACCUCGCUAUGGAAGCACCGAGGCUAUCAAAAGCCCGAUGGCGUACCUAUUGGUUAGCCGCAGUACUCUGCUGCGGUGGCGCGCUAUUCGGCUAUGAUUCAGGUGUCAUCGGCGGUGUUCUCACCUUCAAUUCCUUCCAAGACUCCUUUGAAUUCACAUCCGCCCAAAAAACCAGGGUAAGCUCCAUCGCCGUCGGCAUCCAACAAGCCGGGGCUCUGGCCGGCUGUUUCAUCAUCUGGCCCGUCACAAACCGAUAUGGACGACGCCUCGCCAUGAUGCUCUGCUCCCUAGUGUUCUGUCUAGGUGUCAUCCUCGAAGUGAUCGACACACAUUCCCUCCCCGUAUUCUAUGUCGGACGGGUAAUCUGUGGUCUAGGCAUCGGUGGCUCGGCAACUAUCAUCCCGAUUUACAUGUCCGAGAUGAGUCCCAAGGAAGUCCGCGGCCAACUCGGUAGUUGUUACCAAUUGACGUACACGAUCGGUAUCCUGAUCUCCUACUGGAUAGACUACGGCGUCAAAGCAAUGCCCAGCAGUGCAAGACAAUGGCAACUCCCCAUCGGGCUACAGCUCGUUCCGGGCGCACUCAUGGGUCUGGGCACGUUCUCCCUCAACGAGAGCGUCCGCUGGCUCCUCGCACACGGCAGACCGGCCGAAGCCUGGCGUAGUCUCGUCUGGAUCCGCGCCGGCGACGACGUCGGCGUACUCGAAGAAUUCGACGAAAUGCGCCGCGGCCUAGACGAAGAGCGACACGCGACGGCCGGGUUCCGUGCGCGCGAGCUCCUGGAAUGGCCGAAUCUGCACCGGCUGUUACUCGGCGCAGGACUCUUUCUCGCGCAGCAGUCCACCGGCUCCACGGCGCUGGCGUACUUUGGCCCGCAGUUCUUCGCGCUGCUGGUCGGGCCGGGAGAUAAGAAUCUCCUGCUGACGGGCGUUUUCGGCGCAGUCAAGGUCGUGGCUUGUCUUAUCUUUGUCGUUUUCAUGUCCGACCGCUUCGGGCGGCGUCCCUUACUGGCUGGCGGGGCUUCGUUUAUGGCGCUUUGCAUGGUAGCCACCGCGGCCGUGGUCAAAACGUAUCCACCUGCCGACGGCGUUGUCACCUCUGCCGGGAUCGCCACCGUCGCCUUGAUAUACCUCGACAUCAUCGCGUACAAUUUCAGCUGGGGUCCGCUUCCCUGGCCGUGCACGAGUGAGAUCUUCCCCACGCGGAUCCGCGAGCCGGGCGUUGCGUUUGGCGUGGGAUCUCAGUGGUUGUUUAAUUUCAUCUGGAGCUUUUCGACUCCGUAUAUCAUGGCUGGUAUUGGGUGGGCGACUUUUCUGCUGUUUGGGCUCUUGGAUAUUCUCAUUGUCGCGUUCACUUUCUUCUGUCUGAAGGAAACGGCCGGAAAGACGCUCGAGGAGAUUAAUGAGAUGUUUGAUGGGGUGGAUCCCGAUGCCGAACGGGGCUGGAAGGGUGAUGCAAUGGAGACCGAGACCGAGACCGAGGGUCGUCCGAGCCAUGCGGAUCAUAGUCGUGGCCGGCAUUUGGAUCGUGCGGACUCUGCAAAGCCAGGCCAGAACAAGGAUUAUGCGAUGCAUGUGGAGUCAAAUCCGCCGGACGGGUCUGACUUGAUCGUACAGAGAGGUUCCGAGCACGAUUUAUUUAUCUCGGGUAUAAAAUGACCGGCCGUGGAGCUACAUGGCAAAUAUGAGUUUGUCGCCCGAAUAGUAUCUCUGUAACAAUUACA